CAUCGAUCACCACAUUCACGUCCAUCUUACUUGCAAUUGAAAAGCGACUGCCCGUCAAAAGCAAUGAGGCCCAGAUCUGCAAACUUGAGAUGACCCGAUCGCGAAGCCAGAAUGAAGCUCACUCCCUCCCUCCUUGUCCGCAACUUCCUCGCUUCAAUCAAUCCGCCGCUUCCUCCACGAUCCCCCGGCGAAUCCAAGCGGCUCCUCAAUGUCCUUGAAUCAGCCUUCCAACGGCACCUUGACGAUGUUCACCCUUCGCCAAAAGCUACAGAGUCCAGAGACGCUACAGACACCACUUCCUCGAUACCAAAUCCUGCACAGAGGCUCACUCAUUCAACUCACUCCCAUCUCGACAGCAUCCUCAGUCACCCGCUCUUAAAGCGGAAAUCCACGACAUUCGUCCCUCCACAUACUCUAUCCGCUACGGCCGUCGCGACAUUCGAUGCCGCCUUGACUGGAAAGUCUUUGGAUCUUCAUCUUGUACAGUUUUGCGCAUUACAAUAUCUAGAAGGCUUGGAGAAGAACGAACCUGUCCUGCAAGAUGGAAAACUAGGUUCCCGCCUGUCCAAUUGGUUUACCACCAUGAGUCGCGAGGAAAAGCUCUCAUUCUGGAUGAACAGGAAAUCACUAAGAACACUAGUGCGCGUCUUGUAUGCGGACGGUCUCGAAGCAGAAGUAUGGCAGUGGCUCCGGGAUCUGUACGAACGUCAGUUCGAGACUUCAAUCUUUUUGGUCUCGGACAACGAUGCUCCCAACGCUAAAGCAUACCUUCAAGCCGAAGACAUCCUCGUCGCAACCAUGAUAUCCGAGACAACCGCAAGGAGAUCUUUACAAGAGGCUACUGAGCAAUAUGUCCAAGCCUGCAGAUAUCGCCAACAGAAGGGCCAGAGUGGUAUGGCAGGCCAACCCGGAGUCAAUUCAGUGUUCAGGCCGUUGAGGAACGCAUGGCAUUGUGUCGCUGCUGCCAUUGUAUCGCGACGCAACAAUCACGGCAUACCUACAGAAUUGUUCGAUUCGCUGCUGGACCAUGGUCUCUCCGUGACACACUCUCCUAUCGAUCACAGCUUCGUCCGAGUCUAUCAUCCGACAUCGCCAUCAGCACAAAUACUCUGUUCCAAAGUCAGGUCCGACAUGUCGCACCUUAGGCCGUUCUCGAAAUGGCAAAGACAACUGUCCAAGAGAAUGUCUCGCAAAAUCUUCCUAACCACACUACUUGACGGCGCCCAAUUGUCUCUCGAGCAGAGUCGCGCCAACGACGCUCGUGUUCUCCUGGAUUGCGCAGAACAGGAGUAUCCUGAGUUCCUCUCGGACAGCAAGGACCUAGAAACGGAGAAGAGGCUGGAAGUCGCGCAGGCCGCCAUGUUGGUACGGAGAUUCGAAGCUCGGGCGAGAUUACGGUCUGCUCCCGCACCGGUCUUUGCGUGAUGAAGGCGAUGAUUACGAGGCGGACACCAGUUAUAAUGAAAGAAAAAGCGCGAUCACACCUCUGUAGUAUACCCCCGUGAUCGCAUAAUGUACAUAGUCAUGUAGCCCUGAAGGGUACCCUUCCAAACCAGAAGCCUUUCCCAAAUUUGAAGACAUG